AUGGAUUGGGUGAGACCCAGUAGUGUCUGUGGGAGUUGGAAGCUAAGAAGAAGAAGUAUGGAAGCAGUUGCAGUGGCAGUUGUUUUAGUUGCUACCUAUUCAAUCUUCAUGUCUAAGAAACCACGAAUGGGGUUGAGAUUUGAAAAGUCAGAUGGAUGUCAAUUUCCAGCAAUUUACAACUUUGGUGAUUCAAAUUCUGAUACAGGCUGUGUAUCGGCGGCUUUUAAUUGGCUUCGUUCUCCUUUUGGCGAGACCUUCUUUGGUAAACCUUCUGGCCGAUAUUCUGAUGGGCGUCUAAUAAUUGAUUUUAUAGGGUGUCUUUUUCUGUUGCAAUUGCAAAAUAACUCUGAAGAAUUGGGAUUGCCCUAUUUGAGUGCAUAUCUGGAUUCUNCUGAAGAAUUGGGAUUGCCCUAUUUGAGUGCAUAUCUGGAUUCUAUUGGAACAAAUUACCAACAUGGAGCAAAUUUUGCUGCAAGCGGGUCUACCAUUCAGCAGACCAAUGCUAAUCUAUGCGGGGCAGGUUUUAACCCGCUCUCUCUUGACAUACAGGUUUUGCAGUUUGAGCAAUUCAAAGCACGCUCCAUUGAGUUAAGAACUCAUAAAUCAAAAACCGGGCGCCUCCCUAGACCCGAGGAUUUUCCAAAGGCCCUCUACACAAUAGAUAGCGGACAGAAUGAUCUUCAUGCUGGGCUAAUAUCAGUAACAGAGGAGCAAGUACUGCUAUCUAUUCCUGAUAUAAUCAACCAGUUUUCUUUGGAUGUAGAGAAACUCUACAAACUAGGAGCAAGAGCAUUCUGGAUACAUAAUACAGGUCCAAUUGGCUGCCUGCCUUAUCUGGCGCUAACUUAUUCGCCAAAGCCUGGCAAUAGAGAUCAAAAUGGUUGUGUGAAGUCCUACAAUGAGGUGGCUCAAGAGUUCAACAAGCAGCUUAAGGAAAGGGUGUACAAAUUACGAACCCAACUUAAAGAUGCACAACUUACAUUUGCCGACAUCUAUUCAGUUAAAUACUACCUGAUCAGCCAUGCAAAGGAGCAUGGAUUUGCUAGUCCUCUUGGGUAUUGCUGCGGACACAUUGAGGAUUAUUAUGUUGAAUGUGGGGACACAGCAAUAGUGAACGGAACUGAAGUUUAUGGGGCUGCUUGCUGUAAUCCAUCUGAAUACAUCAGCUGGGAUGGCGUACAUUAUACCGAAGCUGCUAAUAUAUGGGUAGCCAACCACAUUCUUGAUGGCUCAUUCACUGAUCCUCAGAUUCCGAUCAAAGAAGCAUGUCAGAAGCCUCUGUAACAGCGAUCAUUAUUAGCUCAAAAGUCUAGACUUGCAUAUAUAUAUGUGUGUGUGUGUGAGUGUGUGUGUGUGUGAAGAAAGUA